AGUCCUUUAAACCUCGGUGAGGGAGAGCUUGAGCGUGGCAAUUGUCAGUUUCUGAUGAAACACUGUUUUCACAUUCUUGGCCAGUGGGUGAGGCAUAGUCACUUAGCUCCCUUGACGGGAUUACACCGGAUUAGCGCAUGCAUAUCGUCCACGAGUCAGCAGUAUAUAAAGGCUAGAGAUCCUGAGUGGGGAUCAAAACAGCAGAAGGAGAAGAGAAGCUCGAUAUUGCGAAACCUUUCUAAAAUGGAUCCACAGAUAGAAGCAGAGUUAGCCCCUUUCCGAGCAUCCGUCAAAGAACAGGGUGAUCUAGUUCGGAAGCUGAAGUCAGAGAAAGCUCCGGACAUUGAUUUACAGAGAGCUGUAGCAGAGCUUAAACAUCGCAAGAGGGCGCUGGAAGAGAAGGAGCUGGCCCUGACCCCAAAGGAUGACUUUGACCGUGGGAAAAUGGAGGAUUUGUUGAAACAACGGUUCUUCUAUGACCAGUCAUUUGCCAUAUAUGGAGGUGUGAAUGGUCUGUAUGACUUCGGCCCCAUGGGGUGUGCCGUCAAGGCCAACCUGCUGCAGACAUGGAGGAAGUUCUUCAUUCUGGAGGAACAGAUGCUGGAAGUGGACACUGCCAUGUUGACCCCAGAGGUGGUCCUAAAAGCGUCAGGUCAUGUUGACCGUUUCCAAGACUACAUGGUGAAGGAUUUAAAGAACGGCGAAUGUUUUAGGGCUGAUCAUCUCAUUGAAGCUCACCUGGAGAAGUUGUUGGUUGACAAGAAGUCGUCCGAUGAGGUGAAGGAAGCCAUCAGGCAGAUCUUGCCAAUGAUUGACGGUAUGAGCAAGGACGACAUGGGGGAAUGUCUCCGCAAGUACAACAUGAAGUCUCCCGUCACCGGCAAUGAUCUCUCCGACCCAAUGGAGUUCAAUCUGAUGUUUGCCACGUCUAUCGGCCCGACUGGCCAGCUCAAGGGUUUUUUGAGACCAGAGACAGCCCAGGGUAUAUUUGUCAACUUCAAGAGGUUGUUGGAAUUUAAUGCUGGGAAGCUGCCAUUUGCCGGUGCUCAGAUUGGCAACUCCUUCAGGAAUGAGAUCUCCCCCCGAUCAGGUCUCAUCCGAGUCAGGGAGUUUACGAUGGCGGAGAUCGAGCAUUUCUGUGACCCUGACCACAAAGACCACCCCAAGUUUGCAGACAUCGCUCUCCUCGAGUUCCCGCUGUACUCAGCCUGCAACCAAAUGGACGGCAAACCCCCGGAGCUCAUCAAGAUUGGGGAUGCAGUGAAAACAAAACUGGUGGCCAACGAAACCCUAGGCUACUUCAUGGCAAGGAUUUACCUCUUUCUGACCAAAGUUGGCGUUGACUCCAAGCGGUUCCGCUUCCGACAGCACUUGUCCAACGAGAUGGCUCACUAUGCUUGUGACUGUUGGGACGCGGAGAUGAAGACGUCCUAUGGUUGGAUCGAGUGCGUGGGGUGUGCUGACCGGUCCUGCUAUGACUUGACCCAACACACCAAGGCAACAAGCGUCAAGCUGGCUGCAGAGAGAAAACUCCCCGAACCAAAGACGAUCAGUGUGUAUGAGUGUGUGCCAGAGAAGGGUGGUCUCGGCAAGGCUUUCAAGAAAGACGCCAAGGCGGUGACUGCUCAUCUGACUGGUUUAAGUGGGGACGAGUUGUCUACCCUUGAACAGACACUGCAGGAUAAAGGAGAAGCUGAGAUUCAGGUGGAUGGCCAGAAGUUUACUGUGAAAAAGGAAAUGGUCUCUUUCAAGAAAUAUGACAAAACCAUUCACGUGGAGGAGAUCGUCCCAUCCGUGAUAGAGCCUUCAUUUGGUAUUGGCAGAAUCAUGUAUUCUGUCUUUGAACACAACUUUAAAGUUCGGGAAGGCGAUGAGCAGAGAACAUACCUGACGCUGCCGCCAAUCAUCGCCCCGUACAAGUGUUCGCUACUGCCUCUCAGUAACAACCCCGACUUUGCCUCCUUCAUCAAGCAGCUGUCCCAACAGCUGACUGAGUUAGACGUGUCACACAAAGUGGACGACAGUGGUGGCUCCAUCGGACGCCGGUACGCACGUACCGACCAGAUUGCCAUCCCCUACGGCAUCACCAUCGACUUCGACAGCCUGAAGACGCCUCACACCGCCACACUCAGAGAGAGGGACACACUGAAGCAAGUCAGGGCACCGAUUGAAGAGCUUCCUGAGAUAGUGCGUGACCUGGCUGUUGGGCGGCGGACGUGGGAGAACGUGCUGAACAAUUACCCCCUGUUUGAGCAGCAGGAGGCCAGUUCCAAGUGAACAAUAAUGUCCCCCCCCAAAGGACAAUACGUGGCAGUGAAAGUUCAUGAAGAAUUCUGAAGUGCCAAAUGCUGUUUGGCACCCGCUUCUUGGGAAGCUGUGAUACAUUGAGAAGAAUGGAGGAAGGGAACAUACUUUUCUGUUUAUGUACGUCACACAGCAUGUGGGAGCCACAGCACAACUGACAGAGGUGUGCAGCAACUACAGCAGUUACCAUGGUAACUGGAAAUGGUUGCCUGGCAACGUGAGACUUAAAUUGAUGUCAGAGGUACCAUAACAACCAGUACUUGUUACCUGGCAACAUUACCAUGGAAACUAUAAAUGAUCUUUUGACAUCAUUACCAUGGCAACUUAUAUGGCUGUCUGACAUCAACUACCAUGGCAAAGUCUGGAAGCUGUUGCCAUGGUGACUAGAAAUGGUUGUCUGUCAUAAGAAGGUGAGAAUAUUGAGGAAUACUCAGUAAAGCUGAACAAGACAAAGGUGCUCAACGACCUCAGAUAUCCAUCAUUCCUACACGACAUGAUGGACGCCAUUCACAACACUUCCAUGGCUCUUUUGUACUUUAACGCAAAUUUACACACACUGAAACUUUAUGAGCAUGUGCAAUGUUUACCGAAACUAUUUUCCAGAUUUAUAGCAUUCUUUAUGUGAAGGGUUUUAAGGUAUGUUCUGUUACAUUUGUAUGUAAUAAACCACUCCAUUUCAA